GACCAAGCAAUUCAUAAAUUGCUUAAUAGUGCUUAUGCGAUUGUAGAAAAACCUGAUGGUGUUUAUGAAGGACGAAUGCUGCAGAGAAUAAGCUUUACCACCGGUGAUAUCACCAAGUUAGCCAUCGAUGCCAUAGUGAACGCAGCGAACAGUUCGCUGUUGGGCGGAGGUGGUGUCGACGGGGCCAUACACCGAGCUGCCGGGCCUGGUCUGUUGGAGGAAUGCCGCACCCUCGGCGGGUGCAAGACCGGAUCUGCCAAAAUCACCCGUUUUCGCUCACUCAAACGCCCACUCUGCUCUUUAAAUCUGAUUUUUUUGCCUUGUCAAGUUGUGAUUCACUGUGUUGGACCGUCGGACGGAAACGGCGAGAAGUUGCGCUCGUGCUACGCCACGGCGUUGAAGCUGUGCACUGAAAAUGGCAUCAAAAGCGUCGCAUUUCCGUGCAUCUCAACAGGCAUCUUUGGUACGCCUCGAUUCUACCCUUUUUUGUCUCCACACGGGCCGAUAGAGCGCGUCAUCUUUUGCUGCUUCCUACCUGAGGACUACAAGAUCUACCAGGGACUGCUUCUCACAAAGUACAAGGCGGGAUUUUCCUAA